CCCUGAACUUGGCGGAACAGCCUAUUAAAGGCUUACUUAAUUACUCUAAUGACACUGGACAGGCCUUAAAACUCGGACCGGGCUUGGACGAGAGUUAAGAUCGCUUGCUGGGAUUUGUAAACAGGCGAUCGUGUGAGAAACGCGAGUUGGAAGAAAGAGGGUUUCUUUUUUCGCCGGCUUUGUUUUCAGUGCGCACAGUGCGCCCCGCCGGAUCAGGCGAUCCCAACGCUCACUUCUUAUUUCCCGCCUGGGUUGUUACUAUGCAAAUAAUAUUCCGAAAGUAAUCACGUGUCUUUUGAACAGCCACGUGGAUUAACAAAGCAGGUUUGCCCCCCUGCUAGCCCCUGGCUUUAGAUUUUUACUAUUUCUUUAACUGAUCCUAAAUGCACACAUUUACCCAAAUGCAUGGCUCUAAUCCCAUGGAAUAAUUUACACCAUGAAUGCCAGAGUCCCUUGGAUGGUCCCUUUAUAAGGACCAGGUUUCGCCUCUAAUCCCAGUCUGCUUCUUCUCCUGCCAGAGCAACACACCUCUCCAGCUUCCAGCUGAACUGAUUUUAACAGCUUUGACAGAACGUCGAUGGCAUCUAAAAUGAAAGACAGGAAGAGAACCCCCAUCUCUCACAAAGUCAUCGAAAAAAGAAGACGGGACCGAAUUAAUCGUUGUCUUAACGAAUUAGGGAAAACAGUACCAAUGGCGCUGGCAAAGCAGAACUCUGGAAAGCUGGAGAAAGCUGAAAUCUUAGAAAUGACAGUUCAGUAUCUGCGAGCGCUCCACUCAGCGGAUUUCCCCCGUGGGAGAGAAAAGGGUGAACUACUGGCCGAGUUUGCAAACUACUUCCACUACGGAUACCACGAGUGCAUGAAGAAUCUGGUGCACUACCUCACCACAGAGGACAGGGCGGAAACCAAAGACAUCAAGUACGCGCGGAUUCUCGCCUUCUUACAGUCCAAGUCCCGUGUGGUCACGGAGCCGGUGUUCGGCUCCGUCGGCUCCAUGCCCGAGCCAUCUGACUACCUCAGCCAGCUGCACUCGUCCCCGGAGCACCAAAACCACAGUCCCUCUGACUCGGUGUACCAGCAGAGUCCGCCUGGACACUUUUCCUGGCACAGCUCGGCCCGCAGCCCGAGCAUCUCGUACCCAACAGUGCCUCUCUCUGCGCACACGCAGCAGCACGCCGGAUACUUGUCACCAGUGCAGGGACUUGAUCACCACUAUUUCAACUUCAUCGGUCACACACACGCAAACACGUUUAGUUUGCACAGUGCGCAACACGCCAUGUAAAUAGUUUUGUUUUUGCUUUUAUUUAUAUAUUUGUGAAUGAUGGAAAAAAGAUCCUGUACAUGUUGUGAAUAAAUAUUUCUGACUAAAACUCAGCGUGUUUUGUCAUCGUUUUCAUUCAGUUUUAGGUGGUUCAGCUGACGCUUUGAGUGCGUAAAUCCACAGAAAAACAAAACUAAAAAUGAUCACAGUCCUCCCA